UAACACCAUCCUAGACAGAGCAGCGAGUGCCUCCAAUAUGGCGGAGCGGCCCUGCCGUGAGGUCACCGGAACCGGAAGUAGCUGGGGCUGCGCGUGCGCUGUCACUCAACCCUCCCAUGGCUGCAAAUAUCGGAUCCUGAGCGCAGCCCGGUCCGAGUCACAGAGCCCGGCGGCAACACGGUAAUUAAUAUUAUAAUAUAUAAUGAUUAAUAUAAUGUAAUAAUAUAAUAACACGGUAAUUAAUAUUAUAAUAAAAUAAUAUAUAAUGUAUAGUAUAAUAAUAUAUAAUGUAUAGUAUAAUAAUAUAUAAUAUAUAAUGUAAUAACACGGUAAUAUAUAAUAUAUAGUAUAAUAAUAUAUAAUGUAUAGUAUAAUAAUAUAUAAUAUAUAAUGUAAUAACACGGUAAUAUAUAAUAUAUAGUAUAAUAAUAUAUAAUGUAAUAACACGGUAAUAUCACGGUAUUAAUAUAAUGUAAUAGAAUAUAUAAUAUAAUGUAAUAUAUAAUGUAUAAUAUAAUAACACGGUAAUUAAUAUUAUUAUAUAAUAUAUAGUGUAUAAUAUAAUAUAAUGAUUAAUAUAAUAUAUAAUGUAAUAAUAUAAUAACACGGUAAUUAAUAUAAUAGAUAAUGUAAUAUAAUAAUAAUAAUAUAUAAUAUAAUAACACGGUAAUUAAUAAUAUAAUAUAUAUAAUAUAUAGUGUAAUAUAAUAUAUAAUGAUUAAUAUAAUAAUAAUAUAAUAUAUAAUAUAGUGUAAUAUAAUGUAUAAUGAUUAAUAUAAUAAUAUAUAAUAACACGGUAAUUAAUAUAAUAUAUAUAUAAUAUAUAAUGUAUAGUAUAAUGUAAUAAUAUAAUAUCACGGUAUUAAUAAUAUGUAUAUAAUAUAAUGAUAUAUAAUGUAAUAACACGGUAUUAAUAAUAUAUAUAGUGUAUAAUGUAAUGUAAUAACACGGUAUUAAUAAUAUAUAGUGUAUAAUGUAAUAUAAUAACACGGUAUUAAUAAUAUUUAAUAGAAUAUAAUAUAUAAUGUAAUAUAAAGUAUAAUAUAAUGUAAUAUAAUGAUAUAAUAUCACGGUAUUAAUAUAUAUAGUGUAUAAUGUAAUAUAAUAAUGUAAUAACACGGUAUUAAUAAUAUUAUAUAAUGUAAUAUCAUAUAAUAUAAUAACACGGUAUUAAUAAUAUAUAGUGUAUAAUAUAUAAUAUAAUGUAAUAUAUAAUGUAUAAUAUAAUAUAAUAACACGGUAUUAAUAAUAUAAUAUAAUAAUAUAUAAUGUAUAAUAUAAUAACACUGUAUUAAUAUAAUGUAUAGUGUAUAAUGUAAUAUAAUAACACGGUAUUAAUAAUAUAUAUAGUAAUAACACGGUAUUAAUAAUAUGUAUAUAAUAGUGUAUAAUGUAAUAUAAUAAUAUCACGGUAUUAAUAUUAUAUAAUGUAAUAUCAUAUAAUAAUAUAUAAUGUACUAACACGGUAUUAAUAUUAUAUAUAGUGUAUAAUGUAAUAUAUAGUAUAAUUUAAUGAUAUAUAAUGUAAUAACACGGUAUUAAUAUAAUGUAAUGUAAUAUAUAAUGUAAUAUCACGGUAUUAAUAUAUAUAGUGUAUAAUGUAAUAUAUAAUAUGGUAUUAAUAAUAUCAUAUAAUAUAUAAUGUAAUAUAAUGAUUAAUAUAAUGUAAUGUAAUAUAAUAUAUAAUGUAUAGUAUAAUAUAUAAUAUAAUGAUAUAUAAUGUAUAGUAUAAUAUAAUGUAAUAACACGGUAUUAAUAUUAUAUAAUAUAAUAUAUGAUGUAUAAUUAAUAUCACGGUAUUAAUAUAUAAUAUAUAAUAUAAUGUAAUAUAAUAUACUGACUGACUGAUAAAUAUAAAAUAUAAUGUAAUAUAUAUAUAUAUACUGACUGAUAAAUAUAAUAUAAAUGUAACUUAGUUAUUUAAAGGAAUAAAUGCUAAUGUCAUAUAUUUAGUUACUGUCUGGAGUUUCUACAUGCUGCUACCAAUUCUGUUUUUCUAAUUUUCACAUGACUGAUUGGGUUAAUAAUCCUUACAUUCUGCUUUUCCUGAGGAUAAUUGCCCUGAAGGUGGAAUUAAUAGUAUACUUACUAAGGUUAAAGGGACACUCCAGUGCCAGGAAAACACCCCCCAUCCCAGAUUGCUGAAGGGGUUAAAACCCCUUCAGUGACAUACCUGCAUCCAGCGUCGAUGUCCCUCGGUGCUGGUUCAGGGUCUGCCCACGCUGCUCUCCCACCGACGUCAUCUGGCGGUGGAGACCGAUUGGGAAUGUGUGGCUGCCGGCGGGGUGAGACCUAAUGCGCAUGCGCGCCAGACCUCCCCAUAGGAAAGCAUUUUCAAUGCUUUCCUAUGCGGAUUUUAGCGACGCUGGAGGUCCUGGAAGUGUCCUCUAGUGGCUGUCUAGUAGACAGCCACUAGAGGAGGAGUUAACCCUGCAAGGUAAUUAUUGCAGUUUAUGAAAACUGCAAUAAUUACAGUUGCAGGGUUAAGGGUAGUGAGAGUUGGCACCCAGACUACUCCAAUGGGCAGAAGUGGUCUGGGUGCCUGGAGUGUCCUUUUUAAGUGAUUUAAGGGCGUGACCAGUGCCAGAAAAGCUGACCAGUGCCAAAAAAGAAAGAAAAAGAGAAUUUUUUUUUUUUUUUUAUUUGGAAACUGGAUGUUUCACUAAUACUGAUCCAGAGAGAUACCUGUGGAUAGUGGCUAUUGAAUUAACUGAAGAUUUCGUCUAAGGCAAAGGAAAGGUUUUUUUACUGUAAGAACAAUCAGGAUGUGGAAUUCUCUGCCUGAGGAAGUGGUUUUAUCAGAGUCCAUACAGAUGUUCAAAUGGCUACUAGAUGCAUACUUGCAAGAACAGAAUAUUCAAGGAUAUAAUCUUUCAAUGUAGGGUAAUAACUGCUUGAUCCAAGGAUAAAUCUGACUGCCAUUCUGGGGUCAAGAAGGAAUUUUUUUCCUAGCUUGUUGCAAAAUUGUGCUUCAAACUGGGGUUUUUUGCCUUCUUUUGGAUCAACAGCAAAUAACAAAUGUGAGGUAGGCUGAACUUGAUGGACGCAAGUCUCUUUUCAGCUAUGUAACUAUGUAACUACUAUGUAACUAUGAAAUAGAUGGCAAAAGUGAAGGAGGACUGUGUAAAGGGGAAGGAAGACGAAAUCUAUAAAACACAUUGCAGUGGAACGCAAGUACAAACGAUAUAUACAUGUGCAAUAGUGAAUUAAAGGACCACUAUAGUGCCAGGAAAACACUAUAGUCCCCCUCCCGCCCGGCUCUGGAAGGGGGAAAGGGGUUUAAACUUACCUUUUUCCAUCGCUGGACGGAGAGCUCUCCUCCUCCGAUCCUCCUCUUCUCCUCCCCGUCGGCUGAAUGCGCACGCGCGGCAAGAGCUGCACGCGCAUUCAGCCGGUCACAUAGGAAAGCAUUUACAAUGCUUUCCUAUGGACGCUGGCGUGCUCUCACUGUGAAAAUCACAGUGAGAAGCACACAAUCGCCUCUAGUGGCUGUCAAUGAGACAGCCGCUAGAGGGAAUGGGAAAAGGCUUAACCCAUUAAUAAACAUAGCAGUUUCUCUGAAACUGCUAUGUUUAUGAAAAAAUGGGUUAACCCUAGCUGGACCAGGCACCCAGACCACUUCAUUAAGCUGAAGUGGUCUGGGUGCCUAGAGUGGUCCUUUAUGGAACAAUUUUCACUCUUUGCUGUCUGUAAAGCGGAUAAACUGCUAUAUGGGACUGUGGGAAUAUAUUAAUUGGAAAAACAGCAUGGCAAUGGAAUGCAAGUACUAAUGAUAUAUAAAGGCAAUAAUGAAUUAUUUAUAAUCUUCAUUUGCUGCUGGUACUUGAAAGUUUGAAAGCUUAUUAUGCUGUUGUGAAUAGAAUCCUUGUUGAAUUACUGCAAUUGGAAUUUAUAAUCCCAUUUAAAGGGGAAAAUAAAUGCUACUGCCAUAUAUCUUGCUGCUAUCUGGAUUUCUUAUAUGCUGCUAUCAUUUUUUCAAUUUUCACAUGCUGAUUGGCUUUCUAAGCCUUACAUCUUAUUUUUCCCGAGGAUAAAUGCCCUGAAGGUGGAAUUAAUAGUUUAUCUAUCAAGCUUAAGUGGUUAAGGGCUUGACCUUUUUAAAAAAAAAAAAAAAAAAGUUGGGACUUAUGAUACUAUUUAUAAAAUUUGCAUUUUAUUAAACUGCCUCAGAGAGUUAUCUGCGGAUAGUGGCUAUUAGGCCAGAGUUGUUGGAUAUCAAAAUUAAGAGGAAAAGGAAAGGGGAAACCUUGUUGUGUGUGUUGUUUUCUCCCUCCUCCCCACCUCUUGUCCCCCCCCUCCCCUCUUGUCCCCCCUCCCCUCUUGUCCCCCUCCCUCUUGUCCCCCCUCCCCUCUUGUCCCUCCUCCCCUCUUGUUCCCCAACGAGGAUAAGGCUCAGCCUUUAGCACAGAAAAACAAGGAGAAAGAAUGUAUUGAAAGCUCCUUUAAGGAUUCACAAUUGAUUGGGAAAGAAUAUUUAAAUGCAUGUCUGCAAACGCAAUUAGAAAAUAUAAAGAAGGAAAUGCACCUAAUGAUUGAUGAUUUUAAGAAAGAAGAUGAUGAUGCUCAGGGAGGUCCUGUGAAAGCUUCUGCAGUAGGGGGAACCAAGGGCACCUGGGCCAAUAAAAGGAAUAACUGCCAGAAUGGUGACUCGCUCAUCAACAGAGGAAAAAUAAGAGGAGUUGGAGGAAACUCAUAUCCCAGCUGGAAUUUCCACGCACAAAAAAAGAGCAUCCUGGUCCUCCGCCAAAGGGUCGAAGUAACGUGAGAAGACCCUUUCCACUUUGCGAUUUCUGGCAGUUGCCAUCAGGUGUAAUUGAGGAAGGCCUCACUUCUGGACUAUGCAUUUGAAUGCAAGAGGAAAUAGGGCCCAUUCUGUUGGAUCCUCUGCUUAAGUAGUCUGCUGUUGAUUGUUCUUGCCCGGAAAGUAAAUUGCUGUGAUUCCAAGAACAAAAAUCGAUCUAAAAUAAAUAAAAGGAGCACAAAGAGAGGAGUGAAAAAAAGGAUACUAAAACAGAAAAGAGACUUUCAAAUUAUUUUGCACCUCAAAUGGAUAAAUCUUCGACAGAAAUGCCUAUAAAGGAAAUCAGUUCCAUACAUGGGGAGAAAAAAGCAGGUCAUAUAGAAACAUCACAACUAGAAAAUCCACAAGUUACGCCAGAGCUCCUAAAAUAUUGUUUAGACCAGCAAUUUCAAGCAAUAAAACUAGAAAUUUUCAAUAAUAAUGCGGAUCUUAAAAGGGACAUCAAAGAGAUUGGCCAAAUGAUUAAGUUAGUUGAAGAAAAAUUAGAUCACACAGAUCUCAUAAUUAAAAAUCAACAAGAACAAGAAAAACUACAACAGAAGAUACAAGAUCUAGAAAGGAAAAUAAAUACACUAGAAGACAGAUCAAGGCAAAACAAUUUGAGAUUAAGGAAUAUACCAGAAAAUAUUACCCAAGACAAACUUAAGGACUUUUUAAAAUCUUAUUUUUCAGAGUUGGGUAUCGAGAUAGACGAGAAAUACAAAUUUCUAGAAAGAUGCCACAGAAUCCCCAAACCAACUAAUCUGAAUAUGGAAACACCAAGAGAUGUUCUGAUAUGCUGUAAUUCCUACAUAUUUAAGGAAGAAUUGAGAAAGGCAUCAAAGCAAGGAAGUAAGAAAGAGGAGUACCUGAAUAUCAAGGUUUUCCCAGAUCUAUCUUAUGAAACAAGGAAGAAAAGACGGAUAUUCGCUCCAGUGACUGAGAUUGUAAGAGAAUAAUGUUAAGUAUUUUUGGGGUUUCCCAGCGAGACUUCUAAUAAUUCAUGAAGCUAAAACUUUAUCUUUUGAUAAUCUUGACUCUGCUAAGAGUUGGCUACGAGGGGUCUAUAAAUAAUAAGGGUCAUCAAGGGAGGAGAGGUUAAUAGGUUACACCAAUAAGUGAAUGUUGUUAACGGGGAGAAUUUUUUUUUUUUUUUCUUCAAAAUAUAUAAAAUUUUGUAAUAAUAGGAAAUAUGCACAUAUAAGUUUUCUAAGAUAACAAAAAGGGGGAAAAUUCCUUAUUAUAAUAUAAGAAGUUCACAAAAGAUGAAGUAGGCACAAAUUAAGAUUGUUUGGGAAUAAGUAUAUCUCUAGACUCCUGUUUAACUAUCAAAUAAAGAUAUAGCAUAAAUAUUUGAAACACUUACACUAUAAAAUUAGAUUAUUUUUUUUUUCUCCAAAGAAAUAUGAAAUAUUAACAAGUGUGGUCACAGGGAUUGAUUUAUCUCUGAUUUAUAAAAAUUAUAUAAAAUUUUGUAAUAUGUAAAUGCACAUAAAAGAGAACACAAAAAUAAGUUUACCAAAAUAACAAAAAGGGGGAAAAUUCCUUAUUAUAGUAUAAGAAGUUCACAAAAGAUGAAGUAGGCACAAAUUAAGACUGGGAAUAAGUAUAUCUCUAGACACAUGUUUAACUAUAAGAUAUAGCACAAGUAUUUAAAAUGUGUACACUAUAAAAUAUAUAUAUAUAUGAGAUAACUGUAUGUAAUUAAGGUGGAAUUGGCGUAAGAAAUAGAAAAUAGAAAGGUUAAAGGUAUGAUCUACCUCGUGUAUUAAAAUAUGGUUACUCACUCCCAGGUUUCUUUAUAGACCACUGUAGUUGAAGGCAGAUAUUGCUAAUCCACAAGUUUUAUUUGGCUGGUUGUUACCCCCAAAUAACUCCAUAUUAUUCUGGAGUUUGGUUCACAUACCCUGGGUUUUGGGGUGUGUUUUUUGAUCUUCACUCAUGGGGAGUGGAGAUGGAUUUUUUUAUUGGUGUGGUGGAAUGCCUCAUGUUUAUUUUACAUGAAGCUAUAUGUAUGUAAUUGUUGUAUAUGUUAUGUGUAUAUAUAUAUAUAUUUUUUUUAUUUUAGUUAUUUUUUGUAUAAUAGUGCUGAGCGAGAAAAUCACGAGGUAAAUGAUGAUGAUACCCUAUGGUUAAAAUCAUGACACUAAAACCAUGGUAUUUCAAUACAUUAAAAAGGAGGGAGCGAAAAUCAUAUUACAAGAGACUCAUUGGCUAAAGCAAGAUAUAAAUCGCUUCAUCCCAAAAGAACUUUAAUAUUAUAUAUUUGUUCUUCAUUAGAGGGAAAAAAAAGAAAUGUGGGGUCACCUUUCUAGUUACAAAUGAUUUAGAUAUUCAAGUUACUUAUCAAGAUAUAGCUAAAGAUGGAAGGUAUGUUGUAAUAAUAUGUAAAAUUCAAAAUGAAGAAUUUACUAUCGCCAAUAUUUAUGAACCAAAUGUCAAUCCCGCCUCCUUUAUACAAAAAGUGCUGAUUAAAUUAGAUAAAAUUAAAAAAGCAAGGUGAUUAUAGGGGGAGAUUUCAAUUGCAUUAUAGAUGGAAUGUUAGAUAGAAACUCAUUAGCAGGGGUUAUCCAAGAUAAAAAUGGUAAGAAAAUGUCAAAUCAAUUAUCAUGUUUAAUUCAUAAAUAUGGAUUACUGGAUCUAUUGAGGAUUAAUCACCCCCUAGAAAAAGAUUAUACCUGCUUUUUCUAAAGCCCAUUGCACAUAUUCCAGAUUAGAUUUGUUUUUAGGGUCUGUAGAGAUCUCAUACAGGAUAAAGAAGGUUCUUAUUCAGGAAGUUACCUGGUCAGACCAUAAUCCCCUUAUAUUAGAUUUUGCUAUAAUUUCAGAUAAAAUAAGGAAUAAUUGGAGAUUAAAUGAACGCUCAAGAACGCUCAAGAUAUUGAAAGCAUAAAAGAUUUAACUAAUUGCUUUUUUGAAGAUAAAAACAAAGGUACUUCAGAUGCAGUAGUUUGGUGUACAUACAAGGCAGUUUUGAGAGGACGUCUUAUUACAAUGGGCUCAAUUAAAAAAAAAUAAAAAAAAAAUAUGGCAGCCCCGCUGUUAGAAUUAUAUAUUUCUCUUUAUGAUUUAACAAAAUCUAACAAAAUCCCUCUAUACAAUUAAGUGAAAAAAAUAACAAAGAAUAAAAUUAAUGAAAUAUUAUUAUUUCAACAAACAUCAAAAAAAUUGGAAUACUUAAAAAUAAAAUGGCAUUAUAGAGGCAAUAGGGCAAAUAAAUCGCUUACAAAGUUAAAGAUAAAAAAAUGAAUAUGCUAAUACAAAAAAAUUAUUACUGAGGAAGGGUUACAAUUAACUCCAGAAAAAUUAGUUAAAGCAUUCAAUACCUUUUAUCAACAUUUAUAUAACUUGCCCAAUCAAGCAAAUAACCCAGAAAUAUAUUUUCUAAAUAAAAGGUUGAAUAAACAUUCCCUUGAACAACUGAAACUUAUUAAUGGUCCUUUCUCGGAAAUAGAGAUCAGGAAGGCAAUAGAUUCAUUAAAGAACAAAACCCCUGGUCCGUAUGGGUAUUCUAACUUAUUUUAUCAACAGUUUAAGGAAGUCUUAGUAUUACAUCUUAAAGAUUUUUUUAACAAUAUAGUUAAGGGAAAAGACAUAUCUACAGAAAUCUUAUAUGUAAGCAUUAUCCCUAUGCAAAAACCAGAUAAACCUAUGAAAUUGCUGUGAUUCCUUUCAAGGACAUCAAUGGAGUCAAAACCUUCCUUAAAAUCCUGUUCUUCAUACCUCCCUGAUGGUUGAUGUAAGCCAUCGCUGAUGUAUUGUCUAUCCUUACUUUCACCCAGUUUGGCUUUAGAAAAGGAAAAUGGAGUAGGGCUUGGAAUACUGCUUGUAGCUCCUUGACAUUUGAAGAUUGAUGAAAAAGUUGAUUCUUCCAUAAACCUUGGACAUGAUGCAGAUUCUGAGGUGCUCCUCAACCUGAUUGACAAGCAUCUGUGGUCAAGGUGACCCAAGGAAUAUUGCUCAGAGGAAACCCUUGCUACAACUUCUGAUCAAUCAGCCACCAUGAUAGCUCCCUUUUGAUCCUUGAUGUCAGUAAAAUCCUUUGAUUCAGGUCUUUGUAAAUUGGGAUAGGAAUCCAUUGAGCCCACCUUGUAAGGCCUAUUGUAGAGGAAAAACUUCCCAGAAGGCUCAUAAACUCUCUUGCCGGAAUAGAGUUGUGAGAAGAUGAAGAAAUUUUCGACUAAAUACGAUGACCUCUGUCUGAGGACAGGGUAACGUGCCUUUAUCGAGUCGAAUCUCGUACCCAAGUACCCCAUUAUCUGUGAUGGAUACAGCUGGCUCUUCCUCAGAGACUGCAGUGCCGCACAAACUUCUGAUGUGGCGGAGCAUUUGGAAUAUGAAAAUAAGCAUCCCAAAGUUCUAUGGAAAUCAACCAGUCUUCUGGAGAGAUGGUUCUGAUAAUGGAACUUAAUGAUUCAAUUUUUUAUUUAUUUUUUUUUUUUACACACAGCUCUACGUUCAGCUCGUGAAGAUCUAAUAUCGGUCUCCAUUCCCCUGAUGCCUCUUGGAGUAAGAAAAAGUCUUGGGUAAACUCCCAAUCCUCUUUCUUUUAUGGGAACUGGACAAAUUACUCCUUCUGUUGACAGGGAAGUUAUAAUGGAAUGAAUGGCUGAUGCAUUUUCCGGUUCUUGUGGUAUCUUUGUAGCCACAAAUCGAGAGUGAGGAAUGGUGGAGAAUUCCAAAAAGUAACUGUUCUUUAUGAUCUUUAGAACCCAUUUGUCAUGAACUGUCGGAGCACAGACCUCUAAGAAGUUUAGAAGUCUUGUUCCCACUCCCAAGGACUAGACUAGCAUCCCAUCAGAAUUGCUUUGAUUGUCUGGCACUGCCAUCUAGACCUGAAGGUUUUUUGGAGGAAGAAUGCCCUCUUUUCCAUGAUUGGAAUCUGGAAAAAACUCUACCAAGCUUGUAGCAUCUGUUACUUAUCCCGAAAGGAACGUCUGUCCUGUGGAAAAGAUCUCUUUGGUCGUCUGUCUUGAGGAAGAAAAGCUUUACACACUUCCACUGCUCUUUUGAUACAUUCGUCCAGGUAACUGGCUAGUAUUUCAUCACAGGCCACAGGUAAUGGGAAAGCAAAGGAAACCCCAGACUUAUACUGCAGGUAGGUGUACCCUUAUGCGGGAAUUAUAACCCCAAUGGGUCUGGCACAUCCAGCUGCUACCUAUAGGGUCACUGCAGCAUUUUUCCCCGGUCGCUAAGGAGAAUCAUCCAGGGGGUUGCCCUUGGUGAGGCACCGUGUCCUGAGGCUUCCAUGGGGAGAGAGGCUGAACUCGGUACAAUUAGACCUGAGUAAGCCACAAAAUAAAGCAGGAGGUGAAACAUACUAUGUCCUUGAGAAGUGGACAGGAAAAAAGUCUGGGGGGACAGGGGAGGGAGUCUCUUUUAUGAGGUGUUUCCUGUCCAGUUGAGGAGUGGGAGGAGCUAUACCUAUCUGUAGUGCUGCCAUGUACAUAUCCAGGAAAUAAUGUAUGGGGGAUAAAAUACAGCUCCCUGGGUAUAAUGUAUGGGAUAUAUAUUAAUAUAUAUAUUACAGCCCGCUGGGUAUAUACUGUGUGUAUAAUUUGUGCAAGAUCAGUACACAGCCCCAUGUAUACAUAUAACCUAAAACAUGUUGCAUUAGAAACGACAACUUGUGUAAGGAAAGGAACUGUUAUUCUGCAUUGAAUAGAUAUAGAUUUUGUUUAAAAGAAACAUACUUGAAUAUGUUUCCACAUUUUUGGCUCACUUUGAUGUAACUCAAACUAAUGAAAAUUUUAUUUCAAUCCCUAAAGGGCUGCAACAAUUAUUUCAAAAUCGGUACAGAGAAUAAAGACCAGAACUGGUUUUUUUUGUACAUUUCACUGAUAUGGAAACGGUUAACCAAGACAGAAAUAAGGUAACUGGGGACAUCUUGGAUAUCACCCUGGAGAUCAUCUACCUGCUAACUGGAGAGGUGAGAGAUUUUGAAAAGAGAAAAUACAUGUAAAAAAAAAACAAAAAAAACUGCUGUAGUACAUGUCUAUACGAAGUUAUUUAUUCAGUCUAGUAGAGCAAGAUAGAUGGGGAGAUAUCAGAGAAAACCAGCAGUAAAUCGGAUUCAUAUUUUGGAGGGAAGACCUAAAAUGGUAAUAAGUAACCGGGGGACAAUACAGUAAAAGGUAUACUGUGAUAACAGCCUGUGUUUGUUUACAAACGUAGGAUUACAUUGUCGUGAAGAAACCUGGUGAGCCUUUACUACAAAGCAUUAGACCACUUGUGUUAGAAGGAUCUUGUAGGAGCCAGAGUCCUCACUCACUGAAACACGAGAAAAACAAUGAGAAGAUCCUGGAACUGACCAAUAAGAUCAUCCACCUGCUGACCGGAGAGGUGAGGCUGCUGAGAAUGGGACAUUAAAUAAUUAAAAACAAAGGGAUGUUUCUGGAUGGUGACUUUGUUAUUGUGUGUCUCAGGUUCCUAGGUAUGAAGAUGCCACUGUCUGUUUCUCCAAGAAGGAGUGGGGGUGUUUAGAUGGACACCAGAUUCAAAACAAGGAUGUGUCGAUGGAUAAUUACCAGCCUCUCCAGUCAAUGGGUAAGGAAAAGUUCAAUUGUUUCUGUGUUUGACUUCCAUGAUUGGUCAGAGAAGCUUUUGCUGGAUUGUCUACUUUUUACAUUGAAAUUCUAGGAUAUUCAGCAUGACUCUGAAAGGGUAAUACAUUGGAGCUAUGUUUGAGGAGGUUAAUUGCAAUCUCUUUGAGUGAUUUGAUUUUAUUAUAGAAUAGCAAUUACUUUUCUGAAGGAGAGCUGGCUAUAGUUCAAACACGUCUCAUGUAAUUUCACUAGGCCACUAUGAUAAGUUAUUUACGACUGGGGACAAUGAGGUCAAGUAUUGGAUGGGCAAAAGAGCGAAAGGUACUGUUGAGUUGUAGUAUGCUGAAAUUGGCUGUGCCAAUGAGUCUAAAUGAAGACUCGGCUGAGUCAACUAUUUUACUGAUAGACGAAGAAAAAAAGGAUUGUAAUUAAAGACAAACUCAAAGCACCAUAACCAGUACAGUUCGCUGUAGUAGUUUUGGUGCCAAAAAUUCUCUGGCUCCCCAGUGUAUGCAGUCAAACUGUUUGUUUUUAAGAAAAGGUUUGACUUUGUACCUGAUGUCUGCUGGGCUACUCUCCCUGCCUCCUCACAGCUUGGUAUUGGCUCUCCUGAGCUAAACCCUGCUCUGCAGGGCCACCUCAUUGGCUGAGAAGUCUUUCAGUAAAGAGAGUUUCUGGCUGUGAGAAAGCAAGGAGAGGCACUCGAAUGACCCCAGGUAAGAAGUCAAACUGUUAGAAACGGACACUUCUAGACUCCUAGGUACUGCAUUGUGAUCUAUAAAUUCUAAUACUUGGAGUGUUCUAUUUGUUUUGGUGUGUUCAUUUUUUUUUCAUACUUUGUGAACAUCAUUGUCAUAAUAUGGUUUAAAAGACACAUAAGGGGGUAAUUUUUUAUUUUUAUGCUUAUCUUUGUCAAGCAUUAUUAUUUUUUCUGCAUAAUAAAUAUAUUCACGUUGAAAUGGGAGAGAUAGUGCUGUAACGGAGUCUAGUGGUGCGCAACCCUCACCUGGUGUUUAUUUUAUUAGUGGGAUUUCCAUGCCAUCCUAAAUGCUUUUAAAGCCCAGUAUUUUCAGAUGUCAGGGCGUGAAGGGGUUACAAUAACAUGUCUUCCUGACUUGUUUCAAAGCUGUUGUAUACAGCAGACACAUACUCCAAGGAAUCCAUGUGUAAAGUGGAAGGAAGCAAAAAUGUGGUUCUUUGUUGAGCUCAUUUGCCUAUGCCUACCCAGAAUCCCUUGCAAUAGUGAGAGCACUGUUAAAGUGAGACUUCUGUGGGGAAAACACAGUCUUAUGCCUUGACUGGUGUGUGUAUUUGUGUUUAGCAGUGUAUUAACUCUCGAUUUUUAUUUUAUUUUUUAUAGGUGACUCUGUGGACAAAUAUACAGAUAAUGGGUAUCACAAUGCAUUUUCUGUAGAAAACUGUCUCACUGAGGGAAAGGUUAAAAUGAAAACCAAAAGGAAAUGUGAGCCCUUCAAGCAUAUGAAAUCUGUUAAAGAUAGAGAAGGUGAAUCUGCCUUCACAGCUGAAAGUUCCUCAGACAGUGAUAUUAAUACACAGACUGAACAUUUGUCUGCUGAUGUUAAGUCGGAAUCGGCUUCAUGUGAAGAAAGAACUCUCACAAACAUUGAUACAACAACAAAACAAAUCAAUACAGGAACGACAUCUAGCCAUAGAAAGGUAGAAUCAACCACACCUGAAGAAGGAAAUCUCAAUGACCCCAAUAUAGAUACGUCUUCUUCUCUUGUGAAGGCGGAAACCAUUUCACAGGAAAAGGAAAAGCUUUUAGACACUGACAUUAAUACACGCACAGAACAUACACAGACCGAAUAUUUAUCUAUUCAUAUUAAGGAGGAAUCAUUCUCAAGUGAUGAAGGAAAUCUUAUACACUCCGAUCAGUCAGAGAUAGAAUAUAAAACUGUUCUUAUUAAGGAGGAAUCUGACUCCUAUGAAGAAAUAAAUCUGACAGACACUGACAUUUAUUCACCCUCCAAACACACACAGGAUGCAGAUACAUACGCUCAGAUUUCUGAGAACUUAGAUUGUAAUACUCUUUGGAAUUCAACUAAUUCAGAUAAGACUUUGCUUAAUUCUGGAAAAUAUUGUACGGCUACCUCAAGUAGAGCUUCACAACAAAAACAUCACACAGGGGAGAAACAAUUUUCUUGUCCUGAAUGUUUAAAGUGUUUUACAACCAACUCAAGUCUGAUAGCACAUCAAAGGAUUCACACAGGAGAGAAAAGAUUUUCUUGUUCUGAAUGUGGAAAAUAUUUUACUGCCAAGUCAAGUCUUCGUGCACAUGAAAGGAUUCACACAGGAGAAAAAAGGUUCUGUUGUACAGUGUGUGGGAAACGUUUUACAGCUAGCUCAUGUCUUAUUGCACAUAAGAGGAUUCACACAGGAGAGAAACCAUAUGCUUGUUCUAUAUGUGGGAGAUGUUUUACAACUAAUUCAAGUCUUUUUACACAUCAAAGGACACACACAGGAGAGAAACCAUUUUCUUGUUCUGUAUGUGGUAAAUGCUUUACAACCAACUCAGGCCUUAUUACACAUCGCAGAAGUCAUACAGGAGAGAAACCAUUUUCUUGUGCUGAAUGUGGAAAAUGUUUUUCGAAAACCUCUAAUCUCAUUGCACACAAAAGGCUUCACACAGGAGAGAAACCAUUUUCUUGUGCUGAAUGUGGGAAAUCUUUUAUAAGCAAGGCCUACCUUAUUAUACAUGAGAAGAUCCACAUGAGAGAAAAACCGUUUUGUUGUACAACAUGUGGGAGAAGUUUCAGCCAGAAGUCAGCUCUUUAUAGACAUCAGAGGAUCCAUGCAAAUGAUAAUUAUCUUCCUCACAGUGAAAAAACUACUUAAGAGAUUAGAAUUUUACAGAUUCCAUUUCACCCACUUGCAAAAAGAAAAAAAAUGUCAGACAAAAAUGUUUCUAGACAAGUUAAUGAAUGUGCAUGCUUCCAUUUUGCACUUUUAUGUACCAAAAUAAAUUGAGAAACCUGUUAUCCCUUUAUUUGUUGGAUAUUUACAGAAUGUGGAGAUGUAGAUGAAUGCAUAUUGGAUAUUUGUCUGGUAUCAUUGAUUCUGUAUAUGAAAUCCUAGGCAGUGCAUUAGCUAAAAAAAAAGUGAAAUUAUUAAAUUGUCUAAAAACGUACAUGUUUGCAUUUUAUCAAACUACCUCUUUAAAACUUGUCCACAAUUACAACCCUUUACAGAUCUGUACAGGUAGAGAAAUCCAUAUUGGAGUGCAUUAUCUUUUAUCCUGUUUAAAAAUAAAAUGCAAGGAAAUGUGUGUGUCAUAGAAACGUAAACUUUUCAAAUACAUCCUUAUUUUGUUAAAAAAAAAAAAAAUGGAGCUAAGGCGCAUAUAAAGUUCCUGGGCUGUCUGUUUUUCAGACGUGUACACUUUUGUGUGAGGUGAGAAUGGAUUUUCAAUUACUGUUACAGUUGUAGUCCUCAUACACCAAAUUACAAAAAGCAUACGUUAUUGAAACAUUCUAUUUUCAUAUUUGUCUUUUAAUUACAAAAAGUGUGGAACAAAUUCAUCUAAGAAGUAUUGAUGGCA